GGGAGAUAUGUCUGGCCCAGUUUGUUGUAGCUUUAGCUCUACCUUUGUUAUUUUUAACAUACUAAUAUAUAUGUUCUGUGUAAAGCAUUCAGAAAAUCAGCUGAUCUAUGAAUCGGAUAAAGAGGGAUGUGAUUUGCGGGAGAGAGUGAUGAAAAUCGAGGAGGAAAACAUACGACUUCGACAGGAAAUAACACGGAAUAGAAUAAUUGUGACGUUCUCUGCAACAGCCAAGAAUGAUGAAAAACAAAUAAUUAGAGGACCGAAUGAGGUCAUUGUGUUCAAGAAUGUUCUGAAUAAUGUUGGAAACGGAUAUGAUCCCAUAACAGGGAUAUUUACAGUGCCUGUGCCUGGAAAUUACGUAUUUUUCUUUGCUGUUGAAGUUCAAGAAAAUAAACAUUUAGGUAUUUAUUUGUCUGUCAAUGAUAAUAUUGUUGCAGAGGCACUGGCAGGAAAAAUUACAGAUUCCUUUAACACUGGCAGUAAUAUGAUAAGCCUGUUUGUGCAUAAAAAUGAUCGUGUAUGUAUCAAGUCACAUCCAGGAAAUUCCCUGACAUUGGAUAUUCAAUACACGGGAAAUAGUUUCUCUGGACUCUUAAACUCUUUGGCUUAGAAAAAAUUGACUACUUAAACAAUUCGGUGGGAAAAACUUUACAGUGAAAGAGAUAAGAGGUUGUGAAUGUACAACUUCUCUGUCACUUUCUCUUUUCAGCUUUUUUCAUUCAUGUUGAGUAAAUUCACGCAAGGAAAUGUGAUGUUCAUUAUAUUAUUUUUUUUUCUAUUUCUUUUGAAAAAAUGUUUUCAGAAUUAAAAAUUAGAUGCUUAUUCUGGGUUACUAUUACUAUUCAUCUUCUCUUUAAAUUUGGCAUUGACUCUAUCAUUUGGGAUAUUGUUUUAAUAAA